AACUGAUGUGUAUCUUCUGUUCCCGGCGCUUUGCGUUCGACCAUGUCCAAUUAAAAUUGUAAAUUUACUCCUCAAACGUCAUCCUAUCUGUUUGUGCGGUAUAGAAUACAACUUUCAAAACGGUCCUGUCCCGAAAAAAAAACACGUUUUACGCGGACUAGACUUUCGUUUCUUUCACAUUUCCCGUGCAAUCGCGUCUCGCACUCCAGGAUGCUCAUGUAGAGGCAAAAGCAUAAUUUCUGGAUUUUCGCGAGCCGCUGUUUCCUAUCACGAUGGUCUUCGCUUGGAAUUACCUGUUCGUAUUGAUUUGGAUUGCGUACCUCAUCAGUUCCGGUGUGUUUCUUUUUUCGCGGGGAUUUCUGUUGUCGCGUGUUUCGAAGCAAGAUUUCAGCACAUGCCGGUUGCUAUCCAACGAUCCCAAUGAGGAUUAUCAUCUGAACGAAGAUCUCGUACAGGAAAUAUUUAAAGAUGUGAACGCUUCAACAGCAAAUUUAUGUCUUCCAAAGAAGUCAAAAGUCGUAAUUCUAGUCAUCGAUGCCUUAAAAUAUGAAUUUGGUCUUUACAAUCCAGAUUUAGACAAUCCACUGCCAUUCGAAAAUCGAAUAAACAUUUUUAAUGAAUUGCUCACCGCGCAACCUGACCAUUCGCGUCUGUUGAAAUUUCGUGCUGAUCCACCCACAACAACGCUACAACGAUUAAAAGGCCUAACGACAGGCAGUUUACCAACCUUUAUCGAUAUUGGAUCAAAUUUUGCAACGCCUGAGAUAAAUGAAGAUAAUAUUAUUGACCAGAUAAUUCGAAAUCGAUUGUCAGCAGUUUUUCUCGGUGAUAGUACCUGGACCGAAUUAUAUCCCAAACGAUUCAAGCGGCAAUAUUCUUAUCCGAGCUUUGAUAUUUUUGACUUGGAUACAGUUGACAGUGAAAUCUUGAAGAAUUUACCAAGUGAACUGGAGAAAUCUGACUGGGAUGUUUUAAUAGCACAUUUUUUAGGAAUUGACCAUUGCGGUCACCGCUACGGACCAUUGCACGAGGAAAUGACUAGAAAAUUAACGGAAUUGGACGGAAUUUUAAGAAAGGUGAUUGACAAGAUGGACAAUGAAACCACACUCCUUGUAAUCGGAGAUCAUGGAAUGACAGGAACAGGCGAUCAUGGAGGUGAAUCUGAGGACGAGCUGAACGCUUUGCUUUUCGCUUACUCAAAAUCACACAAAUUCAUCACAAGCGAUUAUGGUUCUGAUAAUGUCACUAUGCAACAAAUCGAUCUUGUUCCCACAUUAUCGUCAAUCCUUGGGAUCCCAAUACCCUAUUCCAAUUUAGGCUUAAUUAACUUCAACAUCCUACCUGACACUCCAGUACCACACAUGACCAAAUAUCAAACGCUUUUACUGCAUGCAUGGCAGAAUGCUAAGCAAAUUUACAAAUAUUUUUACAACUAUGCCCUGGACAACAAACGAUCAUUUAAUUUGGAGUCAAUGGAUUCCUUGGAAAGUCAAUUUCUUAUACUAACGCAUCGGGUCAAUACGAUCUACAACGAGCUGGCUUUUAAGAACUUCAUGAAGGACUUGAAUGCGCACUUGCGAAAUAUUCUUGAUGUUUGCCGUGACAUUUGGGUGAAAUUCGAUGCGAAUCAAAUGUCCCAGGGGUUGUUAUUAACGUUUUUACCGAUUUUCUUCAGUUUCUUGCUGAUAAAUAAUUCAAAGCCUAUUCAAUUAGCGAAUAUAUUCACGAGCAGCGCAGUCGGAUUCAUAUAUCUAGUGAAUUUUGCUGCAGGUGUUUUUGCAUACCGAUAUUUCAAAAAACUGUCAAUGAAAACAGAGGAGCACAGUGUACUGUUUGUAACAAAUAUUGUGAGUACCGUGAUGUUAGCCAUUUUGACUUUACAAAAUUGGCCACAAAUUGCUGUGAAUUGGAGUAACACCAAAAGAUUUAGCAACGUUCCAACACGAUGCAUAUUUUUAAUAUCCGCUAGUGUAUUUUUUUCUAACAGUUUCAUUAUUGAAGAGCAGAAAAUUUUAUCGUAUUUACUGAUAGCUGUGGUCAUAUUGACCCUGUAUGAACUUACUGAGGAAAACAACCGGUUCCGCCUGAAGACCAAAUUCCGUUUGAUGCCCUUUUUGAAGUCUCUCGAAUUCGGGUUGAUUGUCGUGGGUGUAGUCACAAUUAUAUUACUACGACUGGCCUACAACUUCUUCCAAUGUCGAGAAGAGCAAGGUAACUGUGGAGACUUUUUGAUCGGCGGAAGCGUUAAGAAAACUUCAAGGACUCAUCUGUACAUGAUUAGCGUCAUUGUGCUUCUUUUGUAUACAACUCUGACGAGAAUUUACCUUCGAUCUUGUGGAAAUCUCACUGGUUUUUCAAUUAAUGUAAUGCUGGCACGAUAUGGGCCUACAGUGGCAGCUGUAUGUGCUGGUGGUCAUAUGCUUCUGACAAACAGUAGAAUUAAAAAUGUCAAUCCGUCGCAAAUAGACGCAAUGGCACUAGUGAUUUAUGCUCUGUUUCUUCUACAAAUUAUUAUAAUCUUUGUUUAUCCGUUGAUGACAUAUGUCCUACCGCGAAGGAAUCCGACUACUAUAACUGUCAAUCCGUCCGGGAAUGUUAUUCCGGAAAUAUUCAAAAAAAUGAAAAGCAUAUAUGAAGGUGAUCAGAAAGACCAACGGGGAGAAAUUCCAGUUGUGUAUGGCCUGGCGACAAUCUAUUCAUCCGUACUGAUAUCGUUUGGAGUAUUCUUGGCAAUCGUGAUAGCUGUUUUGUUGGAUGCCAAAGCAUCACUGGGAUUUGCCAUUUGCAUUGCGGUAGGAGCGGCUUUGCUAGCAUUACAUGCAAUAUUGAGAUAUCGAACGGCAACAAAUUUGGAAUCGUGCUGUCAGCCAACUUUCACUGCCGUCGUUAGCUGGUAUUUAUUGUCGCAAUUCUGCUUCUAUGCCACAUCACACCAACCGACUAUGUCACAAAUUAAUUGGCGAGCGGCGUUCGUAGGACGAUCUGCAAAUUUCGAUCAUUCGAAUUUCAUUUCGGGCACUCUAGUCUUGUUCAACACAUUCUGCGGUCAAAUUUUCUUUUUAACACUUUAUGGUUUAUUAAAUACUGAAAUGUUCGCAUUAUACGCACUGUUUCCAUCUCUGCUUCGACGGAAGACAAAAGAAAAGAAAUCUAGUAGCAACUACUCGGACAUAAGAGAAACAAUUAUCAAUAAAAAUGAUUGGAAGUCCGAUGCACAGUUGAUGGACUUCGAUAUAACGCGGGGCGACCUUGUUCUCUACGAGAACGAACAUCUUUUUAUUGGUUCGCUGUUGAAGUUGGCGACUCAGAUUUUCAUGUUGCAGGGAAUUAAGGUAUUCUGUUCUAUGAUGGCGUGUACGAUACAUUGCCGCCAUUUGAUGGUCUGGAAGAUAUUCGCACCUCGUUUUAUUUACGAGGGACUUGCGACUUUUAUUUCCCUCCCCGCAAUUAUUUUUGGAUACUUGAUUCUUAUCCGUGUACAUUGGUCUGUUAGUCGUAUGAUUAAUCGAAUAAAUAAGACAAAAUAGUUAACUCGAUACCGUUUGAAUACUGUUUACAAAUUAAACCACAAUUUAGGUUACAUUUGAAUAGGAUGUUUUUACUUUUUAAUAAUGAAAUAAAUUUAUUAAAAUAGUGAAUAUUUGUUAAUUUAAUUUAAGCAUAAAUGUAAAAAUGGAGAAUUCAAGCAAUAUUGACGAUAUAGGCGUGUAUUAUAGGAAUAAUUACAAUUGUAAUAUUUAUGAAGACGGAAAAUAAAAUUUAGAUUCAAGAAAGUAA